CAUAAUAUUCUGAUUCUUUUAUUUUCUACCGUGUUUGAAACUUGUUUUGUGGUACUACUUUUCCAGAAUUUAGCGUUUUACAUGUAAUCAUGCAAGUAGUACUGUUUACAGCACUGGAAGAGGAAUGUAGUUGAAUGAAGUUCAUGUUAUAAUAUAUACCAGUCAUCUCGCUCUUUUAAACAUUACUUAAACUUGCCAUCAUGACUGGAAGUAGCAAAGUUGUGCAGAUUACUAAUAUUGCACCUCAAGCCACACGGGAUCAAAUGCAAACAUUAUUUGGUUACCUUGGCAAGAUAGAAGAUAUAAGACUAUACCCAACUAUACGUGAUGUGGCAGUACCUGUUCAAUCACGGAUAUGUUAUGUAAAAUUUCAUGAUGCCGUGUGUGUAGGAGUUGCACAGCACAUGACAAACACUGUGUUCAUAGAUCGAGCCCUUAUUGUUGUCCCAUUCCAAUGUGGUGAAAUUCCUGAUGAACAGAGAGCUUUGGAAUUAACCAAUCAGGGAACAAUGGUACCUGGUCUGUUUCCAGUAGAACCUAAACUUCCCCCACAUGUGAUUAAUCAUUUAGAAGGUCUCCCUCCAAAUCAGGUUGUCACAACUCAUGAUCCCCGACUAGCAUCCAAUGGAUUACCUGUAUAUCCACGUCUUCCAGCAACUUUGGAUGGUAGGCGGAUAGAAGAGAUACGUAGGACUCUCCUUGUGGCUGGGAUUGAAAAUUCACUUUCAACACAGCAACUGAUUGAUUUCUUUUCGACUGCUGGGGAAGUUAAAUAUGUUAGAUUUUGUACUAGGGAAGGUGAUGUAGAUCGUUAUGCUUUAGUGGAAUUUUCAGACCAAAACAGCAUAAUUUCUGCACUGCAAAUGAAUGGGAAAGAAUUCAAUGGUAAGAACAUUAAAGUUUAUCACUCAACACAAGCAAUAGUUAAACCCCAGGCAAAAAGCAAUGAAGCUGCUCAGAGAGAAAUAGAGGAGGCCAUGUCUAGGGUUAAAGAAGCCCAAAAUCUUAUAUCUGCUGCCAUAGAUCCUGUAAUUGGGCUUCUUGCUAAAGAGAAAAAGAGGAGUCGUAGUGGUUCUCGUUCUCGACGCUCUCGAUCACCUUCACGAGGUAGACGAAGGUCUCAUUCCCAUAGUCGGCGGACACGGUCAAGAUCAAGGAGGCGCUCCCGAAACCGGGGGCGUUCUCGUUCCAGAUCAAGGAGAUCACGGUCCAGGUCUAAACACUCGCGUACCCGAUCUCGAGAUCGGAAGGGAAGGUCCCGAAGCUCAGGCCGCCGUCGUCGAAGUCACUCAAGGUCUCGGUCUCAUAGCAGAAGACGUUCAAGAUCUAAAUCAAGUAGAUCACACUCCAAAUCAAAGUCUAGCUCAAAGAGUCAUGAUAAAUCAAAGGAUAAAAAGGAUGAUAGAAAGGAAAAGAAGGAUGAGAAGAAGGAAAGAAAAGAUGAGAAGAAAGAAGAAAAGAAAGAAGAUAAAGAAGAGAAGGACUCCAAGAAAGAGAAUGCUAAAAAAGAUAGUGACCCAGAGGGGAAGUCAAAUGAAACCAAUCAUGAAAAUGAAUCUGCUGAAGACACCACAACUCAGAUUUCUGAAGGUAAGAAGGAGAGUGAGUCAGAUAAGGAUAAAGAAAAAGAUACAGAAAAAUCUAAAGAAAAAAGCAAGGAUAAGAGUAGAGACAAAAGUUCUCGUGAGAAAUCCAAGUCUGUGAGAGGCUCUUCAAGAUCUCCUUCUAAAUCUCGACAUCGUUCACCCACGCGUCGAAAGAGUAGAUCCCCACCAACAAAGAAGAGUAGAUCACCUUCUCGUAGGAAGAGCCCUCAUUCUAGGCGCAAAAGUCAUUCUCCAUCCAGACAUAGAAGUAGUUCUCAUUCCAGAAGAAGGAGUAAAUCCCAGUCUCGUUCUGGUCACAGCAAACAUUCUCCAUCUAGAAAACGUUCUAGAAGUCGAUCAAAAAGCAGACGUGAUGGUGACAGGAAGAGAGACAAAGAAAAGAGUCAUGAGUCAGACAAGAAAGAUAGGGAUAGUGAAAAAGAGAGAAAGAAGCGGGACAAGAAGGAUACACUGGAGAGAGAAGGUGAGAAACCGGCAGUCACUAAAGUUCCCCGAAAUUACGAUGAAGAAGAAGAGGGAUUUGAUACUGCUGAUAAUGAUAAAGAUGGCAGUGAACAGAGCGAAGGAGAUAGAAGUAUUGGAGAG